UGUCCAACUGAAGUAGCUGCAACAUUUACAUCAACUAUAUCCCUAUGGAAUAAUGGCAUACCUGCAUAUGCAACAACAAAAUGUUGCUGAAUACAGAUCUCUCACACGCACAUGUAAAUCAUUGGACAACAAUCACCCCUUGGCAAAUUAACCUUGUCCUGAAGAAACUACAUGGACACCUGCUGUAGCAGGGUGGUGUACUGUAAGAGCUGGGCCAGGUGGGGACAGGGACAGGAAAGGUUAGAGCCAAACUCAGGAUGGGUGUGGCUUGAACAAGGAGGAUAAGUGAGGUGAAAGGUGCAGGAUGUAUCCCAGUACACGUCUGACUGAAGAAGCAGCUGCUGACGCUGAACACAGAGCUGUGGACCCCAGUGGAGGGGCUGGUAGUCUCCCGGACGGUACAGGAGGGGAUAUUAGCUCAUCUGAUCUCAGAUUAAGCUCAGGGGGUUUUAGGAGCAAACAAACUGCUUUUCAUUGUGUGAUCGGGACGACCAAAGCACCACCGGCGCCAUGAGAGCUGCCCAGCACUGUCCACUGCUCCUGCUUUCCCUGGUCCUGCUUGCAACCAACGGUGAGGCCCUGCAAUGUUUUACCUGCAUGGGCUCCAACAAUGAGGACUGCAACCGGCAAGGCUCCAAAUCAUGUCCCAGCUACUCUGACGCCUGCGCUGCAGUGGUGGGCCAUGACAGUGGGGUGAUGAAGUCAUGCUCCUACAAGUCUUUCUGCAGUCAGGCCAACAGCCAGGGCUACAGAGCACCGGGUGUCAGAGUUCACUGCUGCUACAGUGAUGACUGCAAUGUGACAAGCUUCGCCUCACAGCUGCCAGGAGUCCACUAUGUGCUGCUGUUUCUGCCUCUGUUGUUCCACCACUUUUUCAAGUAGAUGUAAAGCACAACUUCAUCAUGCCAACAAGUAUCCACCUGAAAGACAAAUGCAGAAUGCUGUGGGUCUCAUUUGUCCCACUUUCAACCAUUCCACUCCAUUCAACGUAAACAUUGACACCCUGGAGUUGCCGAAGAGCUUGAGGUUCUAAGUGUGACUGCGUGGAUUAUAUGCACCAUGUUGGAUUGAAUCCAUUAAGCGGUACUCAAGUAGAUGCGACUUUCAGUGGAUUUCACUAAGCCAAUAAGUAGAGGAUCCUAAGGGAAGUGCUGAAAUAACAGGCAGGGAUAAUUUAUUAUUUGCUUCCUACAUUGAAGAGGAGAUGCUGUUUGAGUUCAUUAGCCACACCACCCUGGUGUGAUGCUCAGCAUACCAUUUGUGCAGUUACGGAAAAGAGGAUGAAGACUUACUCUUUGUGUUUUUCCUCAUCACCUUUCAAGUUACAAUUUAAUGAAUUCAAUUUUUUUCUUUUUUAACCUACAUAUGCCAAAGUAUUUCAGCAUAGUUCGUGUUGCAGGAGAUGUCACUGUGGCUAAAUAUGGCGCUAAGAGUGUGUCGUUGCAUCAUCAGCCUGCUACCUGCCAAUCAAACAUCUGACGAGCCGUGUAGGAUAACUUGGAAGGUGGGUAGAAAAUGUUUCUCACACACUGCAGAUCCGCGUAAGCCUUUUACAUGGCCAGGCCCGUUACACUCGAUGAGGUUAAUCCUCUGCGUUUGAAGUCACUUAGAGAAUUACUGAGUUUAUAAACAGAGUUUGAGCCCACCGCAGAGGAUGAGGCCGACUGCAGAAGUUGAGGCUACUGUAUAUGUUGUAUAGAAAUAACAGUGUCAAUUUGUUUGGAACUAAUUUUGUGAUGCCCAUUAAAUCUAUAACAUGCAGCUGCUUGAGUCUAUACAUUUUAGUUAGUUAUUUAAACUUGUGUGAGUCAGAAGUCACACUACGUUGUAUUAUAUAUUAAUAUAUAUAUUAAGUCAUCGCAUGUCUAUAAACUGCACACUCCAAUCUUACUGUGUGCGCGCAGUCUUUUCCUUGUUUUAUGUACAGACUCUCGUGGAUUAAAUGUAAAAUUCAAAUGUAAUUUUAAAAAACAAAACAAAAAACGGGAUGCCUAUCGUUUGUCCACAGUUUAUACAGUAUAAUAUUGUAAGGAAACGUAUUCUACUACUGAAUGGCACCAAUAUGGCAUUUACAGACUAAUUCAUUAUAAUUCUAUGUGUAUGCAAUCAAUAUAAAAAUAAUUUUGUGACUGCCCCUCUGCAAAUGUGAUUCUUUCUGCCCUAAAAUCAAAAUCAUAUGAAAACACUUA